CUUUGCCUUUGUCUCUUUGGUCCCGGACUGAAUGGGCCCCUCUGACAAAACAACUGGUCCCAGCCCGGCCCCCUCAAUAAAACUGGUCCAGAACUGAUUUUAAACUCACUGGUUUACAAAGAAAAGAACAAAUGUGAUCAAAUGGCAGCUUGUGAUGCACCUGUGUUUAGAGUCCUCAUCACCUUUUACACACAUGGCAUCAUUUCAAAUCAAAAAGCUGAACUGAUCGACUUUAUUAGUGUUUGUUUGGCUUCUGGUUCUCACUGACUGCAGCUUUGACUUCAGUUUGUCCUCCUUUAUUUACACUUCAAAGAAGUGAGAACAUGAUUAUACAACAGUUUAAGGAUUUUAGGACACUGUAGUUUGAUUACUGUCAGUCAGCUGGUUUUAACCAGUCAAAGAAACAUUGAACAGAAUUUGAGUUGGAGAAAUAUGGAGCCAAGAAGUAUUUUACAACUAAAAACUUUAAUGUCUUCAGACAGGAGCAGGUUUUAACCGAGGCUUCGCUGUAAAUGAGGAAACAAAAUUCCACAGAGCUGCUCCCCUUCCUGUAGUGAGUCACAGCUUGAUAACCCUUCCUCUUCCUCCUGAGGAAGUGAAACUCAGACAGUCGUUGAGCCACUGAGAGGUGAAAUGGCGCAGAAAGGAGUUCAGCUGGACCGAGCAAAAUUCUGCUGUUCGAUCUGUCUGGAUCUGCUGAAGGAUCCGGUGGCUAUUCCCUGUGGACACAGCUACUGCAUGAACUGUAUUAAAAGCUUCUGGGAUGUAGAGGAUGAGAAGAAAAUCCACAGCUGCCCUCGGUGUAGGCAGACCUUCACACCGAGGCCUGUCCUGCUGAAAAACACCAUGUUAGCAGAUUUAGUGGAGGAACUGAAGAAGACUGGACUCCAAGCUGCUCCUGCUGAUCACUGCUAUGCUGGACCUGAAGAUGUGGCCUGUGAUGUCUGCACUGGGAGAAAACUGAAAGCCCUCAAGUCCUGUCUGUUCUGUCUGGCCUCUUACUGUGAGAAACACCUGCAGCCUCAUUAUGAUGUGGCUCCGUUAAAGAAACACAAGCUGGUGGAGCCCUCCAAGAAGCUCCAGGAGAACAUCUGCUCUCGUCACGAUGAGGUGAUGAAGAUGUUCUGCCGUACUGAUCAGCAGUGUAUCUGUUAUCUCUGCCCUGUGGAUGAACAUAAAGGCCACGACACAGUCUCAGCUGCAGCAGAAAGGACCGAGAGGCAGAGAGAGCUCGAGGUGAGUCGACAAAACAUCCAGCAGAGAAUCCAGGACAGACAGAAAGAUGUGAAGGUGCUUCAGCAGGAGGUGGAGGCUAUCAAUGGCUCUGCUGAUAAAGCAGCGGAGGACAGUGAGAAGAUCUUCACCGAGCUGAUCCGUCUGAUGGAGAAAAGAAGGUCUGAUGUGAAGCGGCAGCUCAGAUCCCAGCAGGACACUGAAGUGAGUCGAGUCAAAGAGCUUCAGGAGAAGCUGGAGCAGGAGAUC